UGGAACACUAGAUCCGGCUCAAGGUGCAAGGCACGUACAUUUAGCACGAGUGCUGCGUCUCUACGCUGUGUAUUUGAUGCGUGACCGACUACAGUACUUGGACGGAAUGGCCGUCUCGAACGUUAUGCUCCAUCUCAGGCUUUGAUCUUGAUUCUUUUUUAGGUGAGCAUUCUUCUUCAAAACGUCAUGAUGUCUUCGCUUCCUCGGUUUUUUUCCUUCGCUUAAUUUUGUCUACUUGAUACCUGGAUGUCGUUUAGGUAUAGGCUUCGCAUCUUUCUUGACAACUCCAAGCCCAAAAGAAGAAAGUGGGUGCGCCCAAAAAAUUGUAGUUCUUGAACUUCUGGAGAGGGACGCUGCUAAAUAAGAGGACGUGUACAGUGCUUGGCGUUUGUUUCGAGGAACGCUGACCCCAGACUUCCUGCAGCGAAAAUUUGCCGCUUUCCACACUUCUCUACGUUCUCUACAGAAAGUCGAUCUACGAAACUCGAAGUUGACCAGUCUGGGAAGGGCGAUUCUCAGCGACAGAUAUUUUCCAGUGUUGAGGUUAAGGGUAGUAUUUAGUGAUUGAUCAGAAUCACGACGUGUAGCACCACAGUUGUGAAGGGAGAUCAUGAAGUAAAAAGUGAAAGAUCACGCUCAGGUUCCCGACUGAUCCUGAUUUGUAUCUGAUUCUACUAAAGCUAAUGUAAGAGUAACUAGUACUAGAAGAAGAAGGAGGAACGAAACAGUACAACGAAUGUUCAAGUUCAUGCUCAAGUUCAACUUCAGCUUGAUCAUGUUUCGAUGAUGAAAUGAAGCCACUAAAUGAAGUUGAAUGUUGGAGCCCAUCACUUCUAAUGUGGAUAUUGUGUCUAGACCAAAACCUCUUGCGGCGAGGCGAGAUAGGACCUCUGGGUAAACUCAAGACCUUGAAAAUGAACCGAAUGAACCUGGGAGAAUUGAAGCGAUUAGCAAUCCAGGACUCUAGUACCACUGAAGGAGCACAGCAGAGUCUUGUUGCUUCAGGAGGUGGAGCAGGCUCAACUGUCACUGUGGCAAAUGGAGGCGGUUCCAACUCAGUCUCAAUGUCUUCCUCCUCCAAUGCCAGUACAACUUCUUCCAGUACCAAUACUACUAGCGGUUACAAGCCCUUGGCUCGGUCCACUUCGCAUGCGGCCAAGAGUCAAAAUGUUGGUGGAAGCUCCUCGUCGAAGCACAGCAUUCUUAUUCAUCCUUUGCCCGGUCUACAGCACCUAGAACUCUCUUCGAACAACAUCCGUUCUCUGACGCCACUAUUGGAAUUAUCGCGGCGUGUCUUCCCGAACUUGCGCGUGUUGGUGUUGGCACACAACCAAAUAUGUUCUCUGUCACCUGCUCGAUGGAACAUGGGAGACCCGCGAGGUCAAAUAAUCCUACCAGGAGAAAACGGCGCGCUGUUAUGGUCAAGCUUUUCUCAUUCUCACUAACAUUAGUGGUAGAAGUACGUAGAACAAUACUUCUUGACUGGGACUAUCUUGCCCGUGAAUCGUCGCUCUCUUCCACUAAAAAAUCUGGGUAAGCCUUUCCACAUGCCGUCGUGGAUGAAGUGCUUACGACACCAGCUAUUCAUCUCGCUGCUUCUUAAUAACUUACAUCCUCCUCUUCGUGCUUCUUAUUCUUUUUAGGUUUAACAUCUAACCCUAGAAAGCACUGACGAGCUGCAGGAAUUUCACGCAUCGCGGAAUAACUUUCGAGGAUGUCUCAGUAAGCCUGGGACGGCUUCUGCUACGUUUGUGAACACGGCAGUUAGUAAUGCACUACGUGCUAGUCGACCUGCGAGUUCUAGCAGUGCUGUCAGUUGCCAAGGUGGUUCACUUCUGGCGGACCAAUUCUUAUGCUUGGGGCAUGUGCAGCUACUAGUACUGCCACAGCCUUAAAACUACAACUGCAAUCAUCGUGAGCCUUUACAUGAGCGUUUCACUCGUGACUACAUGACUAUGUUGUGCGAAAUCACUAUAACAGCACGAUCAUGAACAAGAAGAUGAGGACGAGCGAGUACUUAGCUACACGAACUGCCGCCACAACUCUAAUGCUUCUUAGUUGUUUGACUGAGACUGUAGGUUUAGCUUUCCCAUAGAUUGAUCGCAUUCUUUCAUCUAAUUUUUCCCAUAGCACAGUCAGGCAGCAGUUUUGGAGAUUCGCCUGCUCUCCCCUUUAGCGGACCUGGAGAGCACUCGCCGUGGAUUUCCCAGCUGAACGUGCCUGGAGAUGGUCUCUGUUCACGUGUAGGAACUGCAGCGUCAACGGUUCGACCUCGUGGCUUAGAUGAGUUCGUCACGUCGUCUAUCGAAGCGGCUAAAGUUAAGACAUUCACGACUAUGUAUUCCGUUUCUGUGAGCGUGUCUGUGGACUAGUAUUAAUAUGCUGACUGUCUUGCAGCUCCAGUUCCCUCUUAUUUCAAGUUGUUUUUUGAUGGGCAGCAUCCAUUCCGGUUUACCCUGAUAUUUAUAUUUUGAAAGGGAAAAAUGAUAUUUUGAAGGCGAAGAAUUCCGAUUCAGCCAUAUUUUUUCACGAGGAUUUUUCACUUACAUUUAGAGGAGAAGAAAGGGUGAAAGCCACUCAAUCAAGGAUAGUGAAGAACUGCCUCUAAUAGAGACUAUGGCGCGUGGCUACAGCAGACUGGCGAUGCCGAGAAGGACCGAGCGCCAUUUCGACACCUGAAAAAGCUGAAGGCGCUCGUCUUGGACCACAACAAAAUCCGGCACACUGAUGCGUACAUUAAGAGCAGUUGCAAUUUGUGAACUGAGCUAUUAUUUACGCCGAUCUAGUAAGUAUGACUAAGUGGUCAACUUUUUGUUCAUGUUCCUGAAAGAUAUACAGAUAAGUUACGCCAUAGUCAAGUCAUAGAUGACGAUAAACUUCUUUUUGAUCAAGAUAAGUUGCUAAGUCAAGUUACCGCCUCUAAUCCUCGUUUCGUCGGUCCAGAGGAGCUGCAAGAGUUGCAUUUGACGCAUAACCGCAUUCAAAUGCUUGACCCCUUUGGCAGUUGCAUCAAAUUGAAAGUGUUGAGACUCGACUUCAAUCGCGUAGCUGCUUUGGAAGCGAUUCCUGCACUAGUCCCAAGAAGGAAAGUCGGGGUGCAGAACAAAGAAACGCUUACGAGCAGAAGAAAGCGGAAGGUCGACAUCGAAGAGUUUCUGGAAAGUGAGAUACAUACUAUUUCAUUGGCACGAAAUCCAAUAUUAAGGCUAAGUAGUACAAAAAAUCCAUUGUGGCUGUCUGUAACUGCCGAAGAACUUACUAGCCUACCGUCUUGGUGUUGCUUUCUAUUUUUUUUAAAGUGGACAUCCCUAUGCAAUUCCAAACCUCAACCUAAACCUUGUAUGUUUAAACGGAAUAGAAGAUGGGACGCCCUCCCUCCUUCUGGAGAUGGAUUUCUCUUAGAUCAUCUAAGAAUAGCGCGUAAACCGUUCUAUCGCUUUGGGCUUUGCCAGAACUUGCCGCAUGUGCUCUUGAUCGACGGAAAGCGUGUGACACAGGAGGAUAGGUUAGGCUAUUCCCUCAAGGACAACGGAAAGCAGCACUCGAACGUCCUCAAACUAGCAGCGACGGAAAUCCAAAGACGAGAGAAUAGUCAGCGUGGCGGAGGUUCUUAUCUUAAGGCUUAACGCCAUGAUGUGGUAUAUUAGAAAGGAAGUUCCCUUACUACAAGAUCUACCUGAAAAGCUUCUACAGAGUCUAUCGUCGUCGUCCACAUCAUUUCUACAACGUUUGCUUUUAGAUUUCGCUUUUAUUCAAGUUAGUAGAAAUUUAUUUGGGAUAGAAGAUGAACAUACGAGGUGAAGCAAGAAUUGCAAUUAUCUAAUAUGGUGACCUAGAUUUCUGUCUCUUUCUCUAAUUAUAAAGGUGCAACAAGCGCUGGCGCGGGAGCUGGAGCAGAUGCAACAGUCUCUACGCCUUUAGGAGGGCCUUUAGGAGGUGGGAUCGCGGGAGUAGGAUUACUAACUGCCUCACCAUUAACAAAGGAGCAGUUCUUAGAUCUGGCAAUGCUGGCUCAGGGAGUAACAAUUAGGGGCAAUAUUCAUUUCUACUUCAUUAUUGUCACACUCCCUCGCGUCAUGUUUGUAGCGAAGUCAGUGGUCGCACUAGUAGUGGCAGGUCUAUCAAUCCGAAUAGUCGACCAGGUCAUCAACAUCGUGGGCAAACACUAUGCUGAGAUGAAGUUGUCGUAGAUUCCUCCUUUCUUUCCUCUCCUAAUAAGAGGUAAGGGUCGUGACUCUGAGUCUGACUUUGAGUUCUUUAACAAGUGCCAGUACCUCUGGUGGAAAUAUAAAAGGGGACUCACUCUACUAAAUAUAAUCAGAGACAGAUAGAUUUAGAUACUAUUGCUUCUACUAGUACUACAUAAGAGUGAUCUGAGAUUAGUUAUAGUGAUGUCUGAUCUAACACAAGUGCAGCAAGUUUGGCGAUGCAGGAGACAAAAGGAAAACUGAUACAACAAGUAGUGGAACAGAGAGCAGAAAAAAUGGCAACGGUUUCUACAUCUGUCCACCAGCAGGUCGCUUCUUCUAGCACUGGCAGUGGUGCUGAUACAGCUUUCACGCCAUUACCCCAGCCCACGACAAUGAUUUCAGCCGGAGCCGGUGCGGCAGUGUCGGGCGGAGGGCCCGCAGCAUUGUUGAAUAUGGUCACAGAUGGAGCACUUAGACUUACAAUACAGUUUGAACAUCUUUCCGAAAAGCAACAAGAAUAGUGCAUAUACGUAAACAUAGAACAAGAAUAAUGUUUAUGUUGUAUUCGUGUUAUCGUAGAAGUAGGGUUCUUAUUGGCCUAAGUCAUUCUAGACUUAUGAACCUAAAGCACUUAUGUAUACAUAGUUUGAAGAUUGUUGAUCAUCAACGUGGUACAACAAGAUGUGCAGACGAUGCAGAAAACUCCUGUUUCUCCACCUCCUUCAUAGUAGAGCAGACACCGAAAGACACACGGUUAUUGAUGGAUCGCCUGUUAGACCACAAAUUGAUGCCCACACCUCAAGGACCUUUUGGAGGAGAGCAGGAAGAAGCGCAGCCUUAUGUUAUGGCUAGGGACACCAAUACUAAGUAUGUCUUUUGCCUCAGUGCGUCGCCGGAUUGAUUGGUAUAUCUUCGUUAGAGAUGUGGGGUGACGUACUCUUCAAGAAGGAUAUACACUAUUGCGAACGCGAUAGAUGUAGGGUGGAUCCUUGAAGCAUGUGCUUCUGCAUAAAAAUACUAGAGAUAUUGCGUUCUUGUAUGAUCAUUAAUUUCAAUGCGGGGUGAAUCCUCGUCCUGAGAUUAUUUCAUUCAAUCCCGGAAACGGAACAAUUAUGGAAAAGUAUGCUGGUUGUGGCACUUCUGAGCUCUAACAAGGUAGAUCCCGUUUUCGUGCGGCAACAGAAAAGUGUUGGCGGUCAUUAUCAAGGGACCAAUAAUAUUAAGGCUGGAUGAGAGAGAGAAUCGAUCCUACGUACAGAAAAGUGUGUGAGUUGUAUUAAGCUUAAGGUGAUGUCUGUCCUAGGAGAAGGCUAUAUGGAUUUUAUGGAUUUUUCAAUGGAAGUAUCCUCUUGAUGCCCGUCCCCACCACGCGCCCAGAAUGAUUGAAGAGGAUAUGAACAUUUCAACUUGAGAUUCUUCCUAGCCUCUAUCAUGAUGGAUAACUACUGCUAGGACAAAUACCUCUACACCUGCUCGACUAGUUGUGCCGAUAUGUACCGCUAACAAUUACAGCUCAACAUCGCUCACGACGUCGCAUCAGCAUACGCCUGGAUCGCAUCAGCAUACGCCUGGACCGCAUAACCUUUUGAAUGCUAGCGCAACUCCAGGAAGCACAUCGGUUUUGGGAAACAGCAGCAUCGCCUCUCCGAAGUUGAAGUUAAGUCUUCCGUGAAUUCAUGGCCAUUGAGUAGGAAUUAUCGCUGAAGGCAGAUGACUUUAUCGACUUCUCAUCGGGUUGUUUUAUGAGUUACAGUCACCCCACAUACACCCACUAGAGCUAGAGCUAGGGGCCUAUUGCUAUUCUUGCUCUCAUAGGCAUUCUUUUAACAAGGGAAAACGAAAACAAAGUUGACGUCAGCGAGAUCAGUUACUUCAAGAACUCAAAGAUGCUUUUACUUAGUUUUCAAGAUGGUCUAAGAUGCGGCGGCGUGGUGAAAACGCGGAAACAAGGGUACGCGUCGCCUCCGAAGCUGGGAUCAUUGAGCCCGCAUAAAAGAAGAUAGAACAUCAAAAUUAUUAGAAGAACAAGGGUCGUAGUCGUUGUCGUCAAAGGAGCACGCAAGAUCAGAUGGAGAAGAAAAAGCGCAAUAUAUCAAGGAAAAAGAACACUGUUGGGGAACACAUGGUAGUAGCACGAGCACGAAGGAUGAAGAUCAGCUUUGCACACGAAGCGAACGGCGAAGGAUGCGGAGAGCAGGGAAAGAAAGUAGGUUCUAAAUGUUCAUUAUGCAAGAAGAGGUAGGUAUUGACUCUCUCUUAGUCUUAGCAGAUUUCUAAUUCUAGUUCCACUAAUGCCACUCGAUUAUCAAUCAUUCAAUUCCCCAGCUGCGCAGUAUCGCUGUCAUGGUUACACUCCUCAGAUUGAAGGGAUAAGAAAGAUGCUACUAUUACUGGCUCCAGAUUUAUAUCUGGAGCUGAACUCACAUUCAGAGCCACGGUCUUGCUCUUGAUUAGAUGUCUCACGUAUGGAGGGGUUGGUCUGGCUCUGCUUAGUAGAAUGUAGCACUCGAGUCAAUGAAUUGAUUCAGAUUUUUUAGAUUAUUUAGAGAGAGCAGGACCAGGAGUACUGUUCAAUGGAUUAUUUAGAUUCCUGAUUUCGGAUUUCACUCCAAAAAUAGCAAUACUUCUUACUAGAUUUAGAUUAUUUACAAAAUAAUGAUGAGGGCCAGGACUUCUCAAGUUUUACGUCUAGCUACCUGAGUAGAAAUAGUACUAAAGUCACAGUGGAGAUUUGCCUUUAUUGUGUCCCGCGAUGAACUUACCCUCCUAGGACAAUAACCACCAGCAAUAUCAGAUCCAGACGAUGGCGAUUGCUGACGCGGAAGUUUGAAUAUCACCCAGUUGCAGAUCUAUACGUAGAAGACAGGAACAUGAAUACUUGAACGCCGGGUGAUGGACAUGGACAUGAAGACUCAGCAUUCUGACAUCUAAAUUGGUCGGUUAUUGACACAACGGGUCGGUUUGUAUUCCUUCUUGAGUUGGAUUGAGAGUCUAGGAUCAUCAAGAAAAAACCGAUCAACAACAUAUGAUCAAGUGAUAUUGAUUUACAUCUGGAGCUGGACUCACAUUCAGAGCCACGCUCUAGCACUUGUCUAGAUGUCUCACGUAUGGAGGGUAGGAGAGUAGCAUUUGCUUUUGCGUCGAUGCAUUAAUUUAGAUUAUUUAGAUUUCUCCUUAGCAGGGACGAGCACGAGAGUAAGAGUACUAGUAGUUCGAACGGUUCAAUGGACUAUUUUUUUAGGUUCUUAUCAUUUCGGAUUCCACGUCAAGAACUCUUACUAGAUUUAGAUAAUUUAGAUUUUUUAGAUUAUGGUCUUCUCAAGUUUUACGUCCAGUGAUUUUCGCAUUCAUUUCUCUUAGUAACGGUUUUUAUGGGUGACAUACGUAUUACCGCUACCUAGAAAAAGUACUAGUUAGACGUAAAGCUGGUAGUAGUGGAGACUUGGUUUUAUUGAGUCCCGCGGUGAUCUUACCCUCCGAGGACAAUUAUAACCACAAUUAAUAUCAUUAUCAGAUGAUGGCGAUUGCUGACGCAGGAGCUUUAAAAAUAUUACUCAGUUGCAGAUCUCUCAGGAGGAACAUGAACAAAGAAUAUACGACCACAACCAGUAAACGCAAAGCUGGCAAAGCAGAACGAGCAGUCCGCUCGCGCCAGG